AUGCGUUCAUUGGGAGCUCUGGCCGUAGCGCUGCACGCAUCUCUGCUGGUGCUGCUGGCUCAGGGGAUUCCAAAAACCAGAGAUGAAGUUCUGUUACGGUCUUUGCAGCGUUUUCCCCUGAUGGACAGAUCUACCGCGUAUCAUCUGCCAACCUACAUGAUGCAUCUCUACAGGAAUUUCAAGGCCAACUUUUCAAGGCCUUUGGAUAUUAUGGAGCAAGACGCAGCAAAGCAAGCGGACACCGUGAAGAGUGUGAUGGCUAAAAGUUUGACAUUCAGGAAGAGGCGCUGGGUUGCGACCUUUGACCUUCAUGCCCUUCUAUCUGACAAACAGAUUCAGGCGGCAGAGCUGAGGAUCCGGCUUCCUCGGCCACAUACCUCUAACAUCACGGUGGAGGUCUAUCACCAGAAUGGCCAGGCGUGCCAUUCGCACACGAGCUGCCAGGAGCAGCAGCUGGUGGGCUUGCUCUCUGAGUCAUCACUGGUCACUUCAUCGCAGAGCUGGAAAGUGUUCAACAUGACAAAACCUCUCUUGAGCUGGCUCAGGCAAAAAUCAGCAGCAGUGAAAAUUCGAAACAAAAGAGUGUUGAGAAGAAGAAGAGUGGUAAACACAAAGAGAGGCCUGUCACUUCCUGAUCUGCCUGGGUUUGUGGCGAGCCCGAAAAGAGAGCCGGACGUGAGUGACCGGGCCUUGUUGGUCAUAUUCUCACAAACUGGCUCUGGUGAAAACCAAAAGGCCAAAGCGAGCUUACUUCACACAGCUGAACAAUCCAAGUUCUUGUCCCCUGCUGAAAUCAAAAGGGCCCACCGGCAAAAGAGGCGCAGGAGCAAGCGGGGCCAGAGAGAACAAUCUGUGAGAAGCCUGCAGGCGUCCAAAAGAGGGAGUGAAAAAUCUCUCUGUCGCAGAGUGGAAAUGCAUGUAGACUUUAAUCAAAUUGGCUGGGGGUCCUGGAUCGUCUUUCCUAAACGAUAUAAUGCCUACCGCUGUGAGGGUCCCUGCCCUGGCCCCCUGGGAGAACAUCUGAAUCCAACAAAUCAUGCUUACAUGCAGAGUUUGCUGAAACAUUACCACCCUGACAGAGUCGGAUCACCCUGCUGUGCCCCGACCAAAAUGAGUCCAUUAAGCAUGCUGUACUAUGAAAAUGGAGAAAUGCUCCUUCGACACCAUGAAGAAAUGAUAGUGGAUGAAUGUGGCUGCCAGUGAAAGCUACAACCACCUCUGAACAUGACCUGUGAAGCCGAACGGACAAUGUCUCAAAACAAAAGAAAACACUUAGCCAGAAGGAAAAAGCUCUUUGAUAUUUGUCACUGUUAUCUGUAAGAUUGUAGCCGAUCCAUGUGCAGAUGAGGGAUUUUAAAUUGUGAUGUGAGCUCUG